GCCACCUUUUCAGCUCAUCUCCGUUCAUCUCAUCUCUUGAUACUUUUCUUCCGAUGCUCUCGCCCUCAUAAAAACCUCAUGCGCCAGGUGUAGAACCACCCAGCCAUUACAUCACAUUGCUUAUUGCUGUUCCUGCCUUCUCUGCCUUGCCAAAUCCGCCGCCAUGAUGUCUCUACCAUCCGCUUACCAGAAGGAAAUCCAAGGCCUCGAGAGCCAGAUUCGCCUAGAGAACCCACCCGAUAUCCUACAAUUCUGCUCCGACUAUUUCCUUCGACGACUCGCAGACGAGCGCAAACAACACAUUACUACUACACGCAAGAACCCCACCCUCCAGACUGGCAACAUGUCGAUGUCGGGCACCACCUUCACGAGCCCAUUUGCGGCCAAUUCGAACCCUUUCGGCGGUGAUGGAAGAAGGAGCGAGAGAGCAACCUCGCCGUCUCCCGCGCUGCUGAAUGUUGUCGAGGAGGACGAGAACGACGCCGUCACAUCCCCCACAACCCCAUCAUUUGGCAAGACAAAUAGCCCUAACGGCGGCUUUCGGGUUCCCUUUUCGGGCGACGCUUCGGCAGAUGGACCACCCUCUUCGCUAAGAGGGCCUCCAAACCCCGACUCAUAUCCUCCCCAAUACAACUUUGGUCGUCGUACUUCGGUCUCUGCCGAGUCGCUGAAGCCAGUAGCCGAUGCCAAUGACAAUUGGACCCCGCCAUCCUACCACAAGACGAGCGACCAGUUGGAGAGGCUGAAGAAGUCCAUCAAGGACAACUUUCUGUUCAGUCACCUCGACGAGGACCAGAAUGACCAGAUUCUCGGUGCUCUGCAGGAGAAGCCGAUACCGGCCAAAGAUAUUAAGGUGAUUACGCAAGGCGAUGCAGGAGACUACUUCUACGUAGUCGAGAGAGGUACUUUCGAUGUAUACGUCAACCAUACUGGUUCGCUGCAAGCGGGACCAGACGGACUGGGCGACAAAGUGGGCACAAUCCAAGCCGGAGGCUCUUUCGGUGAGCUAGCAUUGAUGUACAAUGCUCCUCGAGCCGCCACGGUCGUGUCUGCGGAAUCUGGUUGCACGCUAUGGGCACUCGACCGUGUAACGUUCCGCCGCAUUUUGAUGGAAUCGACUUUCGCACGCAGGCGCCUAUAUGAGAGCUUCCUUGAGGAGGUGCCACUCCUGCAGUCGCUCACACCAUACGAGCGAUCCAAGAUAUCUGACGCCCUCGAAACACAGAGGUUCCCUGCUCGUUCUACAAUCAUCCGGGAGGGUGACAUUGGCCAGUCCUUUUACCUGCUCGAAGAUGGCAAGUGUGAGGCGUACAAGGAAGGUCAGUCGGAACCUGUUAAGCACUAUAAGAAGGGCGACUUCUUCGGCGAGCUGGCGUUGCUUAACGACGCGCCACGAGCUGCAAGCGUCGUCAGUACCACAGAUGUCAAGGUGGCCACGCUCGGCAAGAGUGCUUUUGCUCGCCUUCUCGGACCCGUUGAGAGCAUCAUGAGGAGGACUCGAUAUGUCGGUGUCAAGUCGGGAGUCGAGGAUGUGGAUCCCCUUCAUUUCUUGCAAAGGGAGCUACAUGCCUGAUUUUAUGAGGGACCGGCCGUCAAGCUGAGGAGCUAAAAUGACAUGGAAGGCAGGAACAGAGCACUAUUGUGGUAUGGCGGAAGAAAGGACCAUUGACUGAAUUGAGACGGGAAAACCAUUGGUAUGCGGUUGAGGAGGGGCGUUCAUGGAUUACCCUCGUUUUCUGGUAGUAUUGUCAGGCUUGCCUAGUUAG